GUGGCGUAAAGAAACAGCAAAAAAAACGUGUGGAGGCGUGAUGAACCUUGCUCACACGUGGAAGAUUUAGGGAUCAGCGAUAGCAGCAAGGAACCAUCCAGAUCUGAAGUCCGUCAUCUCUCAGUCCCAGCGUCUGUCACCAUCAACGCCAAGAUACCGUGGUCUGCGGCGUGUGAAGUUCUGAAGCCCCUCCUUCCCUCAGGAAAUGAGUAAGAAAUUGAUAGUGAAGGUGUUCUUGCAUGAUGAAAGAACGGCACGAAAGGCCAUCAAGUCAAUCUCUCGUCUUAAAGGCGUGGAAUCGACCUCCAUGAACAUGAAGGACAAGAAAUUGACCCUGAUCGGGGACAUGGAUCCGGUUGAGGUAGUCAAAAAUUUGAGGAAGGUCUGCUCCGCGGAAAUAUUAUCUGUUGGACCAGCAAAAGAGGAGAAGAAAGAGGAGGAAGAACCUGAGAAAGAAAAAUCAAAGAAGAGAAAGGAGAAGGAAGAACCUAAGAAAGAGGAGCCAAAGAAGGAUAAGGAAGAAGCUAAGAAAGAUGAGGCACAGACGGAUGAUGAUGAUGAUGAUGAUGAUGAUGUGGCUAGGCUUGUUAAGGCCUACCAAGCCUACAAUCCAUACUUAGCCCCAUCACGUGAAUUUGCCAGAAGCGCAGAAGAUACGAAUGCUUGUGCAAUUUGCUGAUUCUUAGAUCUCACACCAGUCACUCUCUCACCAGCAGUUGCAAAUGCAAGCCACUCAACAGUUUCAGCAGCUAAGACAGCAGCAGAUAAUGAGGCAACAGUGGGACUGGACGAUACCAACAGCGCCAGACGACCCAGGAAA